GCAGCCUCAGCGGGACGUUGGGUGUGUGUGUGUGCGUGUGUGUGAGAGAGAGAGUGUGAAAGAGAGAGAGAGAGUGGGAGAGAGAGGGAGAGGAGCCGCUGAAAACUACCGAGCAGCCAGACAGUUAGCCUGCUGUCCAUACGUCCAGGCGUCCCGAUGUCCGUCAUGGCUGUGUUUCUGAGCCUCCUCAUGUUGGCUCUCAAUGUGUUUGGCCAGGACCUCCCAUCAGGCCCUCAUGGCUGCACGGAGGGAAGCUGUUACCCGGCGACAGGUAACCUCCUGAUUGGACGAGCCAUUAACCUAACCGCCACAUCCACUUGUGGCCUGGACGGUCCAGAGCAGUACUGCAUUGUCAGCCAUCUGCAGGAAUCAGACAAGUGUUUUGAGUGUAACUCCCGGCGCCACUACGACCCGUACCACCACAAAAACAGCCACCGCAUCGAAAAUGUGAUCUACCUCACGGAUCGAUUUGAGGACAACACCUGGUGGCAAUCUGUCAACGGAGAGGAGAGCGUCAGUAUCAGACUGAACCUGGAGGCUGAAUUCCACUUCACACAUCUCAUCAUGAAGUUCAAGACGUUCCGACCUGCAGCCAUGAUCAUCGAGCGCUCUGCUGAUUUCGGACGGACGUGGCGCCCCUACCGCUACUUUGCCUCAAACUGUACCAGGACCUUCCCAGGCAUCCCCGCCAACGGCCUGCACCACAUCAAUGACAUCAUCUGCGAGGAACGCUACUCUGACAUCGAACCCUCCACUAACGGAGAGGUCAUUUAUAAGGUUUUGGAUCCUGCCAUUCAUGUGAAAGACCCCUACAGCUUGGACAUUCAAGAACUUCUGCGCAUCACCAACCUGCGUAUCAACUUCACAAAGCUGAACACUCUGGGAGACGACCUGCUGGACCGACGCUCCGACGUCCUCCAGAAGUAUUACUACGCCAUCUACGAGCUGGUGGUCAGAGGGAGCUGCUUCUGUUACGGACACUCCUCAGAGUGCGACCCGGUGCCAGGGGUUGACACGCAUGAACACGGCAUGAUCCACGGUCGCUGCGUAUGCAAACACAACACAGAGGGCCUGAACUGCGAGCGCUGUCGUCCUUUCCACAACGACCUGCCGUGGAGACCGGCCGAGGUGGAGAACCCACACACAUGCAGAGAGUGUAACUGUAACGGCCACUCAGACCACUGCCACUUUGACAUGGCGGUGUAUUUGGCCACGGGCAACGUCAGCGGGGGAGUGUGUGAUGAAUGUCAGCACAACACCAUGGGACGCAACUGUGAGAUGUGCAAACCUUUCUACUACAAAGAGCCUAACAGGGACAUCAGGGAUCCACGGGUUUGUGUCGCCUGCGACUGCGACCCGGUCGGCUCGUUGGAGGGGGGAGUGUGCGACAGCCACACCGACGUCGACAUGGGGAUGAUAGCGGGACAGUGUCGCUGCAAAGCCCACGUCAAAGGCAUGCGCUGCGACGACUGCAAGGAGGGUUACUACGGCCUGAGCCAGAACGACCCGCUCGGUUGCCAACCAUGCAACUGUGACCCUCGUGGCAUCAUUAUGGUGGGAGCCCCGUGUGAUCAGAUCAGCGGGGACUGCUCCUGCAAAAGAUACGUCACCGGCCGCUACUGCAACCAGUGUCUGCCUGAAUACUGGGGACUCAGUAAUGACCUGGCUGGCUGCAGACAGUGUGACUGUGAUUUCGGCGGAGCCUUCAACAACAGGUGCAUGAUGGAGAACGGACAAUGCGACUGCAGGAGACACCUGAUUGGUCGACAGUGUUCGGAGGUGCAGCCCGGCUAUUUCUGCGCUCCGCUCGACUACUACAAAUACGAAGCAGAAGACUCCACGGGACACUCACCCGGUGACUCUGCGCUGCCGGGCAAAGUUCGGCCUCAGGCAGAGACGGACUGCGUUCAGCACCUCAGCAACCAGCUGAGGAGGCACCGACGUCACCGCCGCGUCACCAACUCACAGCAGCACCGGGCAGCGCUGAGACGCAUCCGCCAGCUUCAACAAACACCGGAUGUGAAACCCGUUCACAGAGAACACACUCCCAGCCACAUGGUGACGUGGACAGGUCCCGGUUUCGCCCGUGUCAAAGACGGUGCCGGCCUGGUGUUCACUAUCGAUAACAUCCCAUACGCCAUGGAGUAUGACAUCAUGAUCCGCUACGAACCUGAGUCCACAGAGGACUGGGAGGCCAUAGUUAGUAUUUCAUCUGUACUGCUGCCUUCCAGUCUCCGAUGUGGAAACCUUCUACCAACUGAACAGCUCUACACAGUCACCUUGCCGCACCGCAACAGGUACAUCCAGAUGCCCAGGCCGUUCUGUUUCGAGCCAAGUAAUCGUUACACGGUGUCCAUCAGGUUCCAGCGCCACGGGGUCUCACACAGACACCUCACCGCCUUCAUUCUUAUAGACUCGCUGGUUCUGAUCCCCAAAUAUACCGAGCUUCCGGGUUUCAAAGACGAUCCGGAGGCAGAGCAUCGACGGGAAGAGAUGAUUCGCUACAUGUGCCUGGAUUCCUUUAUGAUGACGCCGAUGCCCGCUCUGGCUGAGAUGUGCACCAAACUCAUCUGUAGCAUUUCAUCCAUCAUUCACGACGGUGCUCUGGCUUGCCAGUGCGACCCACAGGGCUCCCUCAGUGGUGAAUGUAAUAAGGUCGGAGGUCAAUGCCAUUGUAAACCUAACGUGAUGGGUCGGCGCUGUGACCAGUGUGCCCCAGGAACCUAUGGCUUUGGAAUUAAUGGCUGUACUGCUUGUGACUGCCAUGCGGAGGGUUCGUUUAGCCACCAGUGUGACCCAGUUACAGGCCAGUGCCACUGCAGGCAGGGGGCCACUGGGCGUCAGUGCUCUGACUGCCAACCAGGCCAGUGGGGCUUCCCCAGCUGCAGCCCCUGUCAGUGUAACGGCCACGCAGACAGCUGCGACCCCCAAACCGGAGAGUGUAGAGACUGCAGGGACUACACAGCAGGACAUCUCUGUGACCAGUGUAUGACAGGAUUCUUUGGAAACCCGAUGCUGGGCUCAGGGGAACACUGUCGGCCCUGCCCCUGCCCUGGUAACCCCGGCUCAGACCACUUUAACGGCUACACAUGCCAAGCUGACCACAGCUCCAACCAGAUCAUCUGUAACUGCAAACAAGGCUACGCUGGAUCGCGCUGUGACCAGUGCGCCCCCGGUUACUAUGGCAACCCAGAGCAACCUGGCGGGCAGUGCCUCCCGUGCGAGUGCAGCGGCAACAUCGACACCCAGGACCCCGACUCAUGUGACUCCAGGACUGGCCAAUGCCUCAAGUGCCUGUACCAAACUGACGGCCCAUCCUGUGACUACUGUCAACUCGGUUACUAUGGCAAUGCAUUGGCCCAUGACUGCAGACGCUGUACCUGUGUGACUGCUGGCACCAUCCAGUCUGCUUGUAGUGAUGGACAGUGUCACUGUGACCGGAACACUGGAGCCUGCCCCUGCAGGGAGAACGUGGCCGGCCAUAACUGCGACCAGUGUGCUCACAACCACUGGAACUAUGGUCAGGACCUGGGCUGUGAGCCCUGUGGCUGCCACACACAUCACGCUCUGGGAACUCACUGCAACAUGUUCACAGGCCAGUGCCACUGUCGUCCAGGCUUUGGGGGUAAACAGUGCACUGAGUGCGAACAGUUCCACUGGGGAGACCCACGGGUGCAGUGUCAAGAGUGUAACUGCCACCAUCUGGGCUCGGAGAUGGCCCAGUGCGACCGGGUAACGGGGGCGUGCGAGUGCAGGGAGGGAGCGUCGGGGCAGCGCUGUGACGAAUGCGCCCGCGGCUUCACCGGCACCUUCCCCAAGUGCGUCCAGUGUCACCCGUGCUUCCAACUGUGGGACGACGCCGUGUGCCAGAUCAAACGGGACCUGGAACACAUUCAGUACACCGUGGAGAAGAUCCAGGAGAACGGGCUCACGCCGGGAGUCGGGGACACGCGUAUCAAAGAGCUGGAGAUGAAGCUGAAGCAGGUACAGGAUCUGAUCAGUCGGGAGGACAGCGACAGAAUCCACCAGCUGAUUGGACAGAGCAUUGAUGACCUCAGGGUGGAGAUCGCACUGACUGAUGGACGACUGAUGGGCGUCACCCGAGAGCUAAAUACAACAGCAGAAGAAGAGGGGGCACUGAAACGCAUAUUGACUGACAUGGAGAGAGAGCUGAGAGAAAUCAACACCACUGUGGCUAUCAAAAAACAGCAGCUGGAUGACUACCUCACCUCAGGAUUUGCAGAUCAGUUUGAGAAAGUGAAGAAGUAUUAUCAGAAAUCAUUGGAGGCAGAGGAGAAGUGCAACGCCUCAGUGACCGGUCCUCUCAGUUCUGUAGAGCAGUCCAAACAAACCCGCACAACCACCGAAGAGCUGCUGGACGCCAGUAAAGACAAGUUCCUUCGUGAAAUGGCCGCUCACAACAAAUCAUUAGACGAGCUGCAGCAGAAAGCCGACGGCCUGGACAAGACCGUCAACCACCUGAGUGACAAGGUAUGUGGCGGUCAUGGCAACAACAGCGCCAACGGCAGUUGCUCAGACAGCCGAUGCGGCGGUGCCGGUUGCCUUGACGACAAGAGAAACCGCGUGUGUGGAGGAGAAGGAUGUAACGGGACGGUGAGCGCUUCUAUGGCAGCGCUGAAUCUCGCUCAAAACGUCACAGACGCUCUGGACGCUGUCAAUAAGGAGCUGCAUGGCGUAGCCGGAAAGCUCCAGGAUAUAGCCACUCUGACUCAGGAUGUGAAGAACCAGGCUAUGAACAUGGUGAAGAAAGCCCAGAAGAAGAAAGAACACUUUGAAAACUCCAACAAGAUGCUCAAAGAUUUCAUUAAGAAGAUCAGAGACUUCCUCACUGAGGAGGGAGCAGAUCCAGAGAGCAUAGAGAAGGUGGCUCUGCAAGUCUUGUCGAUCACACUCCCGGUCAACAGGACCAUGAUAGACAAAAUGAUCAUGCAGAUUAAGGAUAACCUUUCCAACCUCACCAAUAUCGAUGCGAUCGUCAACCAAACCUCGCAGCACAUCAAAACUGCCAAGGAUCUGCUGGAAAAAGCUCAAGAUGCCAAGAUCCGAGCAGAUGGAGUGAAGGAUGCGGCCGAUAUUACCAAGCAGGCGUUGGAUGUGUCAGAGAAGGCCAUAGAGAAAGCAAAAACAGCCCUGAAGGAAGCCGCCAACAACCUGAACAGGACAAGGAACGCUACUGCUGAGGUGGAGGAAAAGCUGACGCAGCUAGAGGACAAGCAGAUGGACGUCAUGAUGCGUUUAAACAACCUCUCCAUGGGCGUGGAUGCUCUGAAGAACAAGACGGAGCAGAACAGGGAGAUGGCGAAGGAUGCCAAAGCGCUAGCUGACAACGCCACUAACCUGGCAACUUCGGUGCAGCGGAGCCUCAACGACACAGAGAAACGGUACCAGGACCUGCAGAAGAAGGUGGACUCUCUUGGCGGGGAUUCUGGAGGCCUGGACAGCAUCAACCAGAAGGCCAAGGAAAUCAAGAAGGAGGCAGAAGACCUCCUCGACGUAGCCAACAAGGGCAUGCAAAAACUCAUGGAACUGGAGAAAAACUUCAGGAGAAACGAGAGGCGGAUGCAGAAGCAGCGCAUGGAGCUGGAGGAGCUCCAUGGUAACGCUACCACGGUGCGGGACCACAUCCGAAAAUCAGUGCAGCAGUACAGUAACUGUCAGUAACUGUGUGUGAGAGGAGGUCGUGGUUCACCCCCCCCCCCCCCCCCCCCCCCCCCCCCCCCGUUUACCGUAUGCUGCUGUAGUCCUGAGCAGAGUCGUGACUGAUGCCGGGACAGAAAAAAAAAACGACAUCACCCAUGAUAAUAAGACACUGCGCUGGUCACUGGUAUUUCAAGUUUUACACAUUACCUGUCGAGUGUUAUAUCACAGAAGUGCCUUCCUCUAUCCAUGUACUGUACCACUUAUUGACUCCUGGAUAUCAACACUAUCCUGUGUGGUGUUUAUAUCUUUAAGCUAUCAAAACAAGUGGAUGACCAGUGGAGAAUAUUGUUUUAUUGUAUAGGCCAUGAUCAUCCAUUUCAUCAAUAAUACAUGUAUCAUAAAUUUGUUAUUUUGACAAGUGCUUUUAAGAUUUUGUGUCCUGUAAUUUGACCACAUUAGUACGCUACUGACAUUCCUAUUAAGAGUAAUACGGAGUGAUUUUUUUAAAAUUCAAUUUGUUUUUUUGUUUAUUUUUUAUUACAAAAGAAGCUCUUGAUUAAAUACGUAUGAACGCAUACACACAAAUAUUCUUAUAAGCAAAAUUUAUUCUGAGUUGUGAUGACGGACGGAGAAAAAUAAAUUUGAUUCGAUUCAUGUAAUAAUUCUUGAUGUUUUGUGUCCUAAUUGUGUGAUGAUGUGGGCACAAGAGGGCGCCUCUUACUCAGCAAGUCUCCAAUCUGUGCUCUCCUCCAAAACAUGAGCUGUUCCCUCUGUGUCAACUCAUGCAGACAAGACUCCCUGCUAUUAUUACCUUUUUUUAAUGUGUGAUCAAUAACAUUAAUGAUACCUGCAUUCCAGACUCACUAGAAUAGCGUACGUGACGCUAAACAUCAUUAAUGUCAUUAGUAACAGCUGUGUUUUUUGUGCUAUGACAAGAAAAUAAUAAUAUACCCACACAUGUGCUUCCACUCAUUUGGCUGGUUAGACCUCUACUCAAGACUGUACAGUGGACUGUGCAUGAUUGAUGUUUCCAUCACAUGGAGGGUAAAAAUCAUAAUGCUUAAACCUACACAGUUCUGAGGGUAAUAUAUG